UUUUAAUUUCAUAAGCUUAUGAAAUAAUGAAGUUAUUUUGGCUUGUAUCAAUUCUUAUUUCUACUGCUGCCAUAACCAAAUAGGCGUAAAUGUUUAUUUCUGCACUCAAAUGGUUCCACACAGAAUUGAAUAAUGACUUAACUGUUCCAAAUCAACCCUAAUCAAAUAAGUGUUAGGCCUACAGCCUGACUUGUUUGAUUUGUCUUUUCCCCCCUCUUUAUUUCAACAUAUGUAAAGGCUCUGUGGGGCAUUGCAUUGUAUAAAAGCCGUAUCCUGACUAUGGAGCCAUCAAAAGAGUUCACAGAGGCUUCUGUUUCAUCUCAGAAUUCAACAGAAUUGGAGAACAAGAGGUUGGAGAAAAGUGCUGCUCUAUCACCAAGUGGACGAGUUUGAUCUGUUGACACAAAUAUAAGAGAUGACAGUAGGCUGCAGGUACCUGUAGCCCUGAGAGUCGGUUAUGGGGGCUGUGGCUUGUCAACAGACAGUAUUGAGAUCGAGUGGUCUUUCGACCUAACCGUAUCCCAAAAGGUCUGUGUCUGGCAUUGAGAUAUAGCGUGUGUAGGCUAUAUAAGAGAUAGUGUGUGUUUGACAGAAAGGGGGCGCUCUGGCCCUUGAAAUCUAGCGGCCAUGGUGCGCUCUGCUGCAGUGAGUUGGCGCACGGCGCACAAGGGUCCGCUGGUUUGGUUUCAGGUCCGACUCUCACAUGUCUAGAUCUCUCUCUCUCUCUCUCUCUAUCUCUGAAUGAACCCUGAGCAUACGAAUACGGCGGUGAUCAGAGGCAAGAAAAGCGAUGGCCUGGAGGCACUGGCACAGACUGCUUUUAUAAAAGUUGUCACUUCUGUAGACACAGGUUCGGAAGAGCGCGCCCAGCCGAGCUCGGAGCCCCGGCAAUCGGACACUUCCUUUACGACGCCCGCCGAGCCCUCCUCGCUCCAGGAGCCCUGUCCCGGUCGCAGCCACGCCACCCCUCAAUCCCGGACACUCAGCACCAUUCAGCGCGAAGCUCUUUCACCAGACAUGCCGUGUGUGCAGGCUCAGUACGGGCCCGCCCCUCCAGGCUCAGCCUACUCUGGCCAGUCCUUCGGUUACCAGGGCGACAGCUAUAGCUCUGACCUCAUGACCCCUGACUACACCAAGCUGGACCUGGGUGGUGGUGAAAUCUCUGCCGCCGCCACCACCUCCCUCCCCAGCUUCAACGUCUUUGUGGAGGGGAGCUACGAGCCCAAGUCCUCCUGCCUCUACCAGAUGCCUACACACAGGCAUAUCAAAAAGGAGGAGGAGAGCUACCCGACUGCUACGCCACUGGAGGCCAUGGCCUCUUCCACCAUGUACUUUAAACAGUCUCCCCCCUCCACCCCCACCACCCCAUCCCUGCCGCCCCAACCUGGCACCUCCUUCCUGUGGGACGAGCACCCCCUGGCCCCUCCGUCACAUCCCCACUCUUUGGGCUCCAGCCUGGAGACGGGCCCCCUUAAGUCGCCCCGGUUUUCGCACUUCUACCAGCACUCGCCGCCCCACAGUGGCGGCAGCAUCAGCGGUUACGAGAGUCUGGGUGGAGGACUGAUUCGCACCUCCUCCUCUUCCUCCUCCUCCUCAUCCUCGGUCUCCCAUCCUCACUGUCCACCCCUGGAGCAGCCCAUGUACCAGCUGCACCGUGGGGCCGGAGGCAGCAGCCUCGCCUUCCGCUCCCUGGCUCUUGGGCCCUGCGGCCCCCUACUAGGAGACAGCCUGCCAUCGCCUCCCCCACGUGGCCCCCAAGGAGAGGGCACCUGUGCGGUGUGUGGGGACAAUGCGGCCUGCCAGCACUAUGGCGUACGCACUUGUGAGGGCUGCAAGGGCUUCUUCAAGCGCACCGUGCAGAAAAACGCCAAGUAUGUGUGCCUGGCCAGUAAGAACUGUCCUGUGGACAAGAGGAGACGCAACCGCUGCCAGUACUGCCGUUUUCAGAAGUGUCUGAGUGUCGGCAUGGUGAAGGAAGUGGUACGUACUGAUAGCUUGAAGGGGCGCCGAGGCCGUCUGCCUUCCAAACCAAAGAGCCCCCUGCAGACAGAAGCGUCUCCUCCUUCUCCACCCCUCAGCUUGCUCUCCGCUCUGCUCAGGGCUUAUUCCCACUGCACGCCCCGUGACCUCGACUACAGCCAGUUCAGUGCUGCAGACCCUCCCUCCUCCUCCUCAGAUGCGGAGCACAUACAGCUCUUCUACAGGCUGCUCACCAUCUCGAUGGAGACCACGCGAUGCUGGGCUGACCGGCUGCCCGGGUUCUCUGAGCUUCCACGUGAAGAUCAGAACCUACUCAUAGACUCUGCCUUUCUGGAGCUGUUUGUCCUGCGAUUGGCUCACAGGUCGAUGCUGUCAGAGGAUAAACUAGUGUUCUGCAACGGCUUGGUGCUGCACAGGUUCCAGUGCCUUCGUGGGUUUGGGGAGUGGCUAGACUCCAUCCGGGACUUCUCCACCCACCUCCAGAGCCUAAACCUGGACACCUCGGCCUUUGCCUGUCUGGCCGCCCUUAUACUGCUCACAGAGCAAGUCCCAGGUCUGAAGGACUCAAAGCGGGUUGAGGAGCUGCAGAAUAAAGUGAUUUGUUGUCUCAGAGACCACCUGGGUUGCGGCCCUUCUUCCUCCUCAUCCAAGGCUGCGCCCCCUCUGAAUCGUAUUCUGGGUUUGAGGGCAGAGCUCCGUUCCCAGAGGACCCAGGGUCUUCAACGAAUCUUCUACCUGAAGCUUGAGGAUCUGGUACAGCCCCCUCCGUUGAUUGACAGGUUCCUGGACACUCUGCCCUACUGACGGCCCAGGCUCAGCACACGUCAUGUCCUGUUCAGCCCCCCCCAGGAGCACGCACACACAUCCAGAGAGAGCCUUGCUCCCCACUGACUGAUGCAGAGCAGAGAGCCAAUCAAAUGCUUUUCAACAGGGCAACCAAUCAAGAGCGCCUUUCACUCAAACGGACAACCAGCUAAACGCUUUUCACCAGUAUAAAAGACAAUUACUCAAAUGCUUUAACAGUUUUUAUUUGAUCCUCCUGUUUUUCUCAUGGGGAGGAUGACGAGAUGGACGACAAAAAAUUACUUUUUACUGUCCUCUCUCUGUCUGGGUGGCAGCUCAUCCAGCAAAAAAAUAAGGACAGUUUAUGAGUACUGUGUUAUCUGUGUUUUGGCCUGACUCAUUCAGUCAGAGGAAUUCUUUUUAGUAAAGAGAGAAGGGUUGUGUCACUGUGUUAGAAUGUUUUCAAAGCUAAAGAUGUCCCAGUGAAACACAAGUCACUGUGUACUCUAGUUCCUUCUGCUGAAAGAAGAAAGGGGGCCCUUUUUUAUUCUGAAAUGUACUGAUAUGUCAGAGGUCAGACAGCGUAAGCAUAAACACGCAGAAACACAGAUAUUUCAUGAACACAUGGAAGUGGCUGUUGAGUUGGGCUCUUGAUUCCAAGUGCAAUUUCUUAAAUGCUAUCUCACCACAAAAGGAGGAGGCUGAGAUGGAACGGUUUAAUUUCAAACUCUAAACUAUUUUAAUACAAAGAUUUGUCCUGUACAGUCAGUAUAGCUGAAAGAAAGAGGGACAGUCUCCGCCUGGCUUUAGAAAGCAGAGGAGAUACUGUGCACUAACGAUUGAUGACUGAGUCACCUAGACUUGAACUUGCUCUAGUAUGUUGUUUUUUUUAUUAACUCAUUUUUAAAUCUUAAGUAGGAGUAUGGAGGAAUGAACAUUGACAGAAAUUGGCUUUUGAAGCACUUACACCCUGAGAAGGGCCAGAAGCACAGACACACACCCUACCUGCUCCCCUGGAGGACGCCUGGGAGUCGGGGGAGCGGAGGGUGCUCGACAGAUAGCUGUAUGUCCAGGGGUGAAACAUUCCGCAGUCAUGUUCUUUUCUAUUUGUUUCUAUUGUGGAGGCCGUGUGAGAGUGUGGAGGACAUGGUUGCAUACUGUCUUUGUGUGUACGCUUAGAGAAGCCAGGAUCAUAUGCAUGGUGUGUUAUAAGCUGUCAAAAGCUGCCAUAGCCUGUCAAAACACCUCGAUCUGUGUUUGUGUCUCAGACUGCGGCUCUAUGGGGAUCUCCCUGGGCCACCACCACCCACUCACACUCACGGCAGCAGUUUGAAAUAUGAAAAAAGCAAAUUAUAUAGAUAUAAAUAUAUAUAUAAAUAUAUAUAUACAAAAACUAAUAUUUUGAAGUGUUUUUAGCUUUUUCAAAUAUUGUGGUACGAGUUGUGCAUUGUUUUUUGAAGAAGAGAAACAAAAAAGAAAACAAAAGUUGCUGUUUUUUAAUGUCCCUCUUUGGUUUGAGUUUCCUGUUAUUUUUUUCUUUCUCUUUGGUUCACUGGAUUUUCUGUUCAGCACUUUGAAAUCAUAAACUAGUUCUGAUUAUUCUG